UCCUGACAACAUAUAUGAAGAAAUUGAUCUCGGGGAAGGAACUUCCAUGGCAAAUGAAGAGGAAGAACUAUCUGUUGACGAUGAGUACUCUUCUUAUGAGGAAGAUUCAGCAAACAGUAGCGACACAAGUGAAGAGGAAGAAUUACCUGUUGAAAAUGAAAUAAGCGAGGAGGAAGAAAUAAGCGAGGAGGAAGAAUUACCUGUUCAAUAUUCUUCUUCUUAGUCCCGAGCCCUAAACUCUCAACCCUAAAUGUUCUUUGGACAUGGAUGAAAGCUUGUUUUUCGUUUGCAGAUGGCAUCAGGUGAUAAAAAUGAGCGACAUCAGAUUAAUAGUUCGCGUGGGAAGAGUACCACUAAGAGUAAGGGUGGGAAGAGUACUACUAAAAGUCGAGGGAAAUCAACCGUGUUUACAUCAAGUCCAUCUCAUUCUACAAUUCCACCAUUGCAUCCGCCUUCACAUGGCCCGUCAUCAAAGAGUAAAGGGGAAUCAACCAUGUCUACAUUGAGUCCAUCUCUUUCUUCCAUUCCACCAUUGCAUCCUCCUUCACAGGGGCCGUCAUCAUUUUCACAUUCUUUUUAUGGUACUAUGCCUCCCCAGGGAUAUAGCUCGAUGCCUCCCCCCGGCUAUAGCUCUAUGCCUCCCCCGGUCUAUAGCUCAAUGCCAACACAGGGCUAUUCCGGAAUUUCAACUACUGCCCCUUUCUACAAUAUGCCUCCCCCGGGAUGUUCCUCGAUGCCUCCCUCUUAUGUACCUCCACCUGGCAUGCAUUCAGCUUACCUCGCUGCCAUGGAACGACGUCCAUCUCCAGAGACUCCUUCGUCAGAGGCCACUCGAUCAGCCGGUCCACGCCUUUCUAGGAUAAAUAUUGGAUCGAGCAAUUCUGAGCCCUCUCUUAGCCAACCUUCGACGCCGUCUUCAGUUGAUGGUCCAGAUUUUCCAUCACCUGGAAAGUUAGAUCAUCUACGGAGGGUGUGCAUCAUCGCUGAUGGAGAAGGGUUUUAUCCUUCUAGGCCAGCUGCAAAUGCAAUCUCAACAGCAAUCCAGAAAGUUUAUAGCGGUGCCUUCGCGACGUGGGGUGAAGUUCCAUGUCAUACGCAACAAGCAAUCCUUAAUGAGUUUAUGGUAUGUAUACUUUGGAUCACAAAAUGGAUUAAAUGCGUCUUCUCCUCUAAUUCUAAAAUAUCUUAA